AUGAGGGUAGUUAUUGUUACAAGAAUAAACCAAUUCUUCAUUGAAGUAGGUGCCCAAGAAACAGUUUCCGAGAUCAAAAGAAAAAUAGAACAAAUUCAUGGUACUCCAGCAGCUUCACAAAUCCUAACAGUUUCUGGAUGGGAACUAGUGGAUGGCUUAGACAUGGAAGACUAUCCUAUAGUCACUGAAGGUACAAAAAUUGACCUCAAUAUCAAACCAAGCACAGAACCACAUUUUAACCAGGUUAACAAAAUGCAAAUCACAGUGAAAUUUUCAGCUAGAAGGAUCAAGAUAGAGGUGGACAGAACAGAUACUGUUCGGAGCUUAAAGGAAAAAAUCCACAUAAUUGACAGCACCCCCAUCAAAAGAAUGACACUAGUUUUUUCAGGGGUGGAGUUGAACGAAGAUUUCAGAAAGCUAAGUGAGUAUGGCAUACGUGAGUCUUCUGAAAUUGUUGUGUUCCUCAACACCAUAACUAGGGCAAGAGAUGAAGCUCCCUCAAGGAAGGUGAGCCUGGUGGUAAAAACUUCCUCUAGUUUGCUUAAUGCAGCAACUAUUCCCCUGGAGAUGAGAGAUGCAUGCACUGUAAAUGACUUAAAGCAGUUGUUGUUAAGCAGAAAAAUUCUGCCUGUUGAUGACUACUUAUUUAUUCAUAGGCAAAGGAUCAUGAGGGAUAGCUGCAGCCUCAGAUGGCACGGUGUUGAAAAUGGAGACUGCCUCUAUGUGUUCAAAGGGACAGUUAGUCGCAGUGGAUAUCACUAA